AUGGUUUUUUGUACCAUCAAUGACUUUCCAGCCUACGGAAAUUUAAGUAGAUAUAGUGUCAAAGGACAUCACGCAUGUCCUAUAUGUGAGCAGAAUACAAGUUUCUGCCAACUUAAACAUGGAAAGAAGACUGUGUAUACUAGGCAUCGAAGAUUUCUCAAACAGUAUCAUCCGUAUCGACGAUUGAAGAAGGCAUUCGAUGGAAGUCAAGAACAUGAAACCGCGCCAAAUCCAUUAACUAGCGAUGAAGUAUAUCAGUGGGUCAAGGAUGUCGUAAAUAUGUUCGGCAAGACAAAGGAUGGUUUCAAGUGUCGUCAAGACUUGGUUGACAUGGGUAUACGUCAGGUGUUGCAUCCUAUCUCAAAAGUCCCACAAGGCUACUCAUCAAACAUCAAGAGUCUUGUGUCUGUGAAUGAGCUUAAGUUGGUUGGCUUGAAAUCACAUGAUUGUCAUGUGUUAAUGCAACAACUUUUUCCUGUUGCAAUCCGCGGAACAUUGCCUGAGAAGGUCCGUGUUGCAAUCAGUCGCUUGUGUUUCAUUUUUAAUGCUAUAUGUGCCAAGGUCAUUGACCCUAAACAGUUGGAUGCUUUGGAAGAUGAGGUUGUCGUUGUCCUUUGUCAAAUGGAGAUGUUUUUCCCUCCUUCAUUUUUUGACAUUAUGGUACACUUAGUUGUUCAUCUGGUAAGGGAAAUAAGGUGUUGUGGUCCUACGUAUUUUAGAUGGAUGUAUCCAGUUGAGCGGUACAUGAAGGUCUUAAAGGGUUAUACGAAGAAUCGACAUCGACCAGAGGCCUCAAUAGUGGAAAGAUACGUUGCUGAAGAAUGCAUUGAGUUUGCCUCACAGUACAUUGACUCAUUGAAACCUGUCGGUGUUCCUGCAUCCCGGCAUGACCAGCCAAUAGCCGGCAAGGGUACUCGUGGAUACAAUGUUGUGACAAUGACUAGACAUGACGUGUCACAAGCACAUUUGUAUAUAUUAAACAACACAACAGAGGUGUUUCCGUACAUAGAGGCUCACAAAAAGCACGUUAGAGAUAGUCACCCCAAAAUGAACAUGAUGAGGGUAUUGCAAGAGCACAACAAAACUUUCAUAAAUUGGUUUAGACAAACAAUACUUGCUGAUAAAAGUGUUUCCAGACGACUGACAUUGUUAGCCAUUGGCCCAAAUUUGAAUGUCCCUACAUGGAAGGGGUAUGACAUUAACAAUUAUUCAUUCUACACAAAGUCCCAAGAUGAUAAAAGUUCGGUACAAAACAGUGGGGUCUGUGUUGAUGCUGCUUCGGAGCACUUUUCCAGUACAUCGGAUAACAACCCCAUUCGAGCAUCCAUGUCUUACUUUGGUGUCAUUCAAGAAAUUUGGGAGGUUGAUUAUACAUCAUUUAGAGUGCCUGUUUUUAAGUGUCAGCGGGUGAACGGGACAACGGGUGUGUUUCAAGAUCCAUUGGGAUUUACUUUGGUAGACCUUAGUAAGGUGGCAUAUAUAGACGAACCUUUCAUUAUGGCAGCACAAGCCAGACAAGUUUUCUAUGUACAAGAUCCAUGUAAUUCAAGUUUGUCUGUGGCUCUACAAGGAAGACCAAGUGGAAUGAAUUACCAUAAUGAUGAGUCAACCCUUGACAUUGGUCAAAUGUCUGGUUUUUCAAAACAAUUGCCUUCAAUGAAUGAAGCUGAUGAAGUGGAUGAUGGACAUGCAAAUCGUGUAGAUCAUGAUGAAGGUCUAUGGGAAAACAUCCCUACAGGCUGA